CUUCAUUCUAUCGUUUGCUAGGAGCCACGCUCGUUAACAUUUCUUUUCAUUAUGACACUCAUUUAUACCAUCUUGUUUUCUUUUCUUCUUCCUCUUUCCUACGCUUUCACUCACCCUGGUCUGCUGGUCACCGACACAGAUAUUAGUCGCAUCAAGACCAAGCUCGCUGACAAGAAAGAGCCUUGGACUGCGUCAUGGAAUAAGCUGACAAGCAUUCCAUUUGCUAGUGCCGACUACAAGAACAAUGCAGUCAAAGAAGUCAACCGAGGCCAAAAUGGGGAGGCCCUAUGGCAUGAUGCAGCUGCUGCGUUCAACCUCGCUCUGCGCUGGAAAAUCAGCGGAGAAGACCGGUAUGCAGAAACCGCAUCGGAAAUCCUAAUUGCUUGGGCAGACACUCUGGAGAUUCUCAGUGGAGGCGACGACGCCUAUCUUACAGCAGGAUUGCAGGGGUACGAGCUUGCUAACGCUGCAGAGCUUCUCCGCGACUUCGAGCCAUUUGCAAAGAAUGGACUAUCCAAAGUUAUUAGCAUGUUUAGCAAAAUAUUCUUGCCGAUGAAUCUCGAUUUCCUCAAUCACGUUCUGGGGUCAGAGCACAAUGUCAAGCACUUCUUUGCCAAUUGGGAACAGUGCAACAUUGCUUCUACUAUGGCUAUCGCAGUCCUCACGGACAAUCAAACCACCUGGGACUUUGCUGUUGACUACUUCAAGCAUGGUGAGGGCAAUGGGGCUAUCAACAACGGUAUCUCGAACAUUGUUGAAGAGCCAGGUACCGGAAGAGCACUCGGCCAAGGGCAAGAAUCUGGUCGGGACCAAGGCCAUUCGGCGAUGAACUUCCAGGUGCUGGGUGCCAUUGGACAGCAGGCAUGGAAUCAAGGGGAAGAUCUCUUUGCUUACAAUGACAGCCGCAUUCUUCUCGGAGCCGAGUACUUCGCUCGAUACAAUCUCGGAAAUGAUGUUCCAUUCGAGCCUUACACAAACGGCAUCGUCUCCUUCGAUGUUAUCAGCGAAGCCUCCCGUGGUGCGGUUCGACCGGCUUGGGAGCUACUUUAUAAUCAUUAUGUUAACAUCAAAGGCCUUGAUGCGCCUUGGACAACAGCAUACCUGAACAACUCCUUGGAGUUUUUCGGUGGAUUUGAGGGCGGGGCUGGAUCUUGGGGUGAAGGCUCAGGCCACUAUGAUGGACUUGGCUGGGGUUCUCUCCUGCAUCAUCUGGAUAAAUCUGAUAUCCAGGCUGAGAAGUCCUCCGUUGCCGGCCCAGGACCAAGCACAGCCACGUUAGAGAGUCAGCCAACGUCAACAACUCUAGCGACAGUCCGUACUACCUCUAGAUCAAAGACGGCAAUCGCUGAUGAAGGCGCCGAGAGCUUUACGGUGAAGCCAUCUGCCGUAAACGCCCAUCAUUCUUCUACGACAACUGCCACGGCAAUUCCACAAAUUACGGAAAAGCCAGGAAAAGGAUGUCGUGCAAGGAGGCCGAAGAGUAACCGGCAUCGCUCAGUUGUAAACUAGGAAGUUGAGUCGGAAGAACUUUUAUCAAAUAGCUGAGCCCCUAUCGGAUGAGUAUUGGAAAUAACCCGAGGGUGGUUGUCUUGGUAGCGCUCCCUCAAGGCGAUGACUAUUCGUUCGCGUUUCUGCUUUCGAAUGAGAAUCAAGGGG